UGAACCAGAACAAAGAUUCAAAGUCCCUGUGUUAGUCUCAGUCUGACCUCUGAUCAAUGUGUUCCCUUAAAAGGGCAGUGAGAAAAAAGCUCAGGCAAGAUGGGGGUAAGGGAGGAAGGAAAAGUCAAUUAUUUGUUAAAUUGCUCAAAAUGAAGCAAAAGAGCACUGGUCUUUUCAAAUUUAUUCUCUAACCCCUGAGGAAAAGCAAAGUUGCUUUUUAUCUGUAACACAAAUAUUUCACCCAAAUUAAAAUGUCCACAAGACAUUUUUAUGUGACAGCAAGAACAUACUAUGAAAUGUAUGGGGUGGAAAUCAGAAAGCAUCCAUUUUUUCUUAGGAGAGUGAGCAUGAAUAUUAAGAGGUUAUGUGAGCCCUGCUCUGCAAUCCACGGCUACAGUGGGACCUUUCAAAACCGCUUGACUCCAGGGACGAGGAAAGGUCUUUCUGGCAUCAAAUCCCCAUCCUAGAGUCACGAGUUUAAAGCACUUACGAGCGGCUCCUAAAUGACUCACUGUUGCCGCUGCUGCUGGGCCUUCUGCCGGCAGAGGGAGUCCCAACUAGCAAACAAGUGCCCGCCUAUGGUGAUUUCCGAGAAACCCGGGAGCAGAAGCGAGCACCAUUUCCCAGAGCAGGAGGGCGCAAACCCUGCAGUUUCCUGGCUGAAAGGGGGGAGGCCCCAUGACCAUAGAACAAGGAAUCCUGGGCCUGCUUACAGAACCAGCGACAAGACAGAAAUCAGGAGCAGGGAGCAGGAGCCAGUUCCUGCUCUGGUGGGGCCAGUGAUGGAAACCGCCGUGUGCAAAACAAAAAAGAGGGUCCUUCCGCCAUGGAUGGUAGCGAGGGACGUGGAGCCAAGAGAGACUGUGUCAGCAGUAAGACCCAAGAGAGUGAAGAAGACAGCCAUGGCAAGGACUGUGACUGUCUAUUGUAUGAAUGAAGCGGAGCUGGUGGAUGUGGCCCUGAGCAUCCUGGCUGAGAAUCGUAAAUACAAGGAAACCGAGGGGAGUGUUCCAUCGGAAACCGAAGGGAAGCAGGAAGGCCAGCAAAUGCCAACCGAGCCUCAGAAGAGCCCAGCAAGCAACAGCGGGGCCAGCGCCCCCCGACCUGAUGCUCAGCCAGACGAUUUGGGCUGUGCUAGCAGGACGGACACGGAGGACGAAGAGGAUGAUGCUUUGAAAUACGUCAGGGAGAUCUUUUUUAGCUGAAGUCUUAUGGAUUUUUAAACCAGUGCAAAAAUAAUGGCAAAGGGAACUGUGGUGGUGGGCAGGGUGCGGGGCAGACCCAGGCGCUGGCUCCAGGGGGUGAGAAUACAGCCAUGGGGGCUGUCCAGGUGCCCCAAACGCCCUCCCAAUUCAAAGUGAGCCCAGAGCAGAGGUGUGGGCAGGGCCUGAGAGAAAGUCUGAGAGGAGCUCACCCUGCCCCUGCUGAAUAGCCUGUGUCUGGUUCAAAUAGAGCCUUGCUCAGGAUGUCUGAAUCUGGGGGAACAGCCUCUCACCCACCCUAAGGCUCCCCACCCGUUCCUUGUGGGCCACCUGUCCUCUCCUCCCCAUGCCCCAACCCGAUGGUGCCAAGAGGUCUCCUGAUUGUCAGUCUCUGCAGCAAGAUUGGGGACUGAGCUCCCUGGGCAGGGCACACAGGAGGGAGGGGGGAAGGAGGCAAAGGAGUUGCUUUGUAACCCUUGAUCUGCAGGCCAGCCAGUGAGGCACCUUUUAUCAGUUAUGUAAACUUCAAAAGGUUAUUAAAUUAUGUCUCUUAACCAAGCA